CGACAGCAUCAACAGUAUUUGAAAGAGAAAAUGAAAAAAAUUUUAGUAAUUUGCUCCAUACUCCUUGGGGCUAAGCUUUCUUCCUGUGCUCCCUCACCCCCAAAUGAUCAGCAGAUCAACGAAGCCUAUGAAUUUUAUCACACAAUGUCGGCAUUUGCAGCCGAUCUACGACCCAUGAUCGAAGCUGUGCUACACGACAUACCCGAGGAGGAAAAUUUCCUUAAACACAAAAUGAGAUGGGAACAUUUUCUGCAAAAAUUCCAGGGAGAAAAAAUCGGCGAUGAAUGCGUGGAAAAACUUUUGGAAAUAUUGGAACCAUUUGCCGAUUUCAUAGAUGAAUUGAAACAAGGUCAUGUCACGCAGGAAGCUGAAACAAUGGAGAAACUUUUUCAAAAACAUGGCCUAGAGCAGUUUAGUGGAAGAUUUCUGCCAAUUUUUCAAGAUCUCAAAAUUCCGGACAGUGUUUUUGAUGGCAAAGAAGUGUGCUGA